AUGGUAAAGACAAGGAAUACUAAUUUUGAAGGGCAACAGUCCGAAGAGGAGCACCAGUCCGGGGCCGAGACGGUUGAGGAGACAAACUUGACCGAUAUGGUACGCCAAAUGAAGGAGGAAAUGAUCGCCAUGAAACAGCAGCGAGAGAGAGAUGCCGUCGAGAUGGCCGCAUUGAAAGAAGAGAAUGCUGCUCUAAAAAACCAAUACCGAGACCCCACAUGGAAACCAUCUGAGACGACCCACACUCAGGGAUCGUUCCACUCGCACGGUCAUCACACCUCUAUUCCUCAUACCUCUGUCGCGCCCCCAGACAUCCAUGCUUCGAUCGAAAGACCGGCACAACCAAUGCCGGCCGGGGCACAUCGACAUCCAUUUACGCCGAACAUCAUGCAAUCGGCACUUCUUGACCACUGGAAGUCCCUGCCCCUUGACAAAUACGAUGGUACAACCGACCCAGAUGAACACGUGGAUGUGUUUUUGACACAGGUUACCUUGAGCACCACCGAUGAUGUCGCGCUAUGCCGAAUCUUUCUGACAUCCUUGAAGGGGCGAGCGCUGAGUUGGUUCACCCGACUCCCAGCCAAUUCUGUCGACUCAUUUGGCACGCUGGCCUCCCAGUUCACAAUCCAGUUCACCACCAGCCGCCCUCAUCAGUUAACCUUGUUGGCAUUAGUUAGCAUUCGUCAAGAUAGAAAGGAGUCUCUUCGGACGUUCAUGAGCCGAUUCAACAAAGCGGCUCUCGAAAUCCGAGACCUAAACCCUGUUGUGGCUCUACAUCAUCUCACAACCGCUCUAAAACCGGGUCCCUUUGCCAACAGCAUCUGCAAAAAACCGCCGACCGAUAUGGAUGACUUGCGGCGACGAGCUGAUAAAUACAUGCAAAUGGAAGAAUUAGCAGAGUUCCGCAAUCAAGCCAGAACGGAGACAGCCGCUAAGCCGGAAAAGCCGACUAAAAACAAUUUUUGGAGCCGUCCGAAAGAAUUAGCAUCCCGCGAGAGGCCCCCUCGUGGCCCAAGGUAUUCACAAUACACACCGCUCAAUACCAGUCGGUUGGCAGCGAUAGAGCAAGCGUUGACCUCGGAGGUCCUGGCCGUCCCGAAACGAGCUUCGACCCCUCCUAGGGUCGAUACAACGAAGUCUUGCAGUCGGUCUAGAGAAAGGCGAGAAGAGCCUUCAACACAGCCUCGCCGGGUCAUCAACACCAUUGCCGGCGGCUUCGCUGGCGGCGGUUCGUCUUCGUCCGCGCAGCGUAGACACUUACGGGCCGUUCGACAUGUGCAUGCCGUCGAAACUGUUCGUCGCCGCCUACCCACCAUAACUUUCACUGAAGCCGACUUCAAAGGUAUCGACCCAUACCAGGAUGAUCCUAUGAUAAUUAGCGUUGAAAUUCACAACUGCAUUGUGCGCAAGACAUUGGUAGAUCAGGGGAGCUCCGCCGAUAUCCUUUAUUGGAACACGUUCAAACAGUUGGGUAUCCCAGAAGCCGAAUUAAUUCCCUACGAUGAACCUUUGGUAGGAUUUUCAGGGGAAAGAGUCAAAACAAAGGGUUAUAUCAAGUUGUCAACCCGGUUUGGGUUUGAAGGAACCGAAUACAGAGACGUUUCGGUCAAAUAUGUGGUGGUACAUGCCAACACGUCCUAUAACAUUUUGCUCGGUCGGUCGUCCUUAAAUCGGCUCGGUGCAAUCGUCUCCACUCCGCACCUGGCUAUGAAGUUCCCAGCCGACUCAGGACGAGUAAUCACGGUUCACGCUGAUCAAAAAACCGCGCGAGAGUGCUACUUUGCUAGUUUGCGAUUACCGAAAAUGAAGCCCGAAGCAGCAAAACCAGCAGGGGUACAUUCGGUAUCACAGCAGUCAGCCUUAGACCUCGACCCCCGGAUUGAUCAAGAUGAGAGGGUCGAGCCUAUUGAAGACAAGCAACCCAUCCAGGUGGGGGUGUCCAGGGCUCAAGUCACCUACCUCGGGACCAAUUUAUCCGAACAAGAGCGCCUGGCCCUUAAGCAAGGGGUCCUUGAAAAUAGUGACUUAUUCGCCGGGUACCCGUCUGAUAUGCCCGGCAUUGACCCCAACUUUAUUUGCCACAAGUUAUCAGUGAGCAAGCAGGCAAGACCGAUCGCUCAACGGCGCCAGAAGGCCGGAGAGGAAAGGAAGGCAGCGAUCAAAGCUGAGGUGGGAAAGCUAUUAGAUGCUCGGUUCAUCCGAGAAGUACAUUAUACAACAUGGUUGGCCAAUGUAGUCAUGGUCAAGAAACCGAAUGGGAAGUGGCGCACGUGCACCGACUACACCAACUUGAACAAGGCAUGCCCUAAGGGAGAUUUUUUAUGGGAAAAAGAGAAGAGAGAGAGAGAGAAAGACAACAAAUUUGUCUUGAUCUGA